UCGGCGCCGUGGGCAGGGGCCGAGCCGCGGACCCCAGCCACCCCCGCCGCUCCAACGGACGGGCGGGCGGCGCCAGGCACAGGGGCGGGGCGGGGUCCCGCCGAGGCCCCUCAACUUUUCCUGGACCCCGGGCCAUGGCACGGAGGGGGAAACCCGGACCGAGGGGAGAGGGCUUCCAGGAGACAAAGGCUCUGCCCUGGGCCGUGGGAGUGGGCGGGCGCCUGGGGGGGUCUUUGUGGCGACACGUGCAUCCCGCGGGUGUGGGUCUUUGUGGACUGGGGUUCGGGACGGUCAUCUGCCCGUGCCUUUGUGUGUCCGGGCUGUGCGCCGGCGUUCGGCGGUGGGUGUCGUGGGCGCGCCGCCGCGUGUCCCUGUACGUGGUCCGUGCUGUCUACGUGUCUGGGCUGGGUGUCCGUGGGGUGUGUGCGCGCCCGGAGCCAGCGCCGCCGCAGCUGCUCGCCCCCUGCUGUCGGCCCGGCCCCCGACUUGGCUCAAACUUUUCCCCGGGCUCCCCGCGCGGCCGCCCGCCCCUCUUUAGCCUCCUGAGGUCCUCGGGGCAGAGAGCCAGUGGGAUGGGACGAGGAGGGGGAAUCGGUCGGUCCUGGGCCCCCGCCAGGGCUGGGAGGAGCGUGCCGGACCUGACUGGGAGCAGGAGGGACGCGGCUGGUCCUGGGCUCGGACCUGAGCUGGAGAGAGGAGGGGACAGGGCAGCCAGCGUCGCCCGCCCAGCUUCUCGGAGAGAGUAUGUGACCGAGAGAAACGGGGCGGCUCGGCGUGGAGAGCGGCUCCCCUCUGCGGUCCGCGCUGCAACCACUUGCACCCCGACCCGGGUCGGUCGGCGAGAAGACAACUGCUGGUCUGGAUCCGGGCUUGCAGGACCCCGAGCUGGGCCGCGGGGCCUGCGAACCUCACACACACUGGCUUCGAGUGGGACGGGCAGGGUCGCACUAUUGGCCGCUGGGCGCGAUGCCCGGCCUGGCCGAGUCGCGGCGACCCUGCCCCCCGGGGUGGGGGGGACUGGGUGAGCACGCCCUCACCGCGCUGGGGAUAGCCUGCGCUGCCCGAGCCGCGAGCGGCGGAGAGCAGUGCCCGCCCACACUUGGCCCGGGAGGCCGGGAGGUGGUGACUGAGGAACUUCUCCGGACCUUCCUGGCUCCACGCUCUGCCUCUGGGAUACGUUGAGACUUGCAGGGCCCGGGCCGGGAGGGCUGGGAGCUAGAGGCUGGAGUCUGCUGGGCUUUGAUCUGGGGUUAAAAAGAUAACCCUGACACCUUCCCCCCACCCCAGCCCGUCUUUAACCAAGGACUCUAGGAAGGCUGCGGUCAGGAGGGAGGGGCAAAGGCCACUUGCCUGGAGAGCCCCGACCAUGCUGUGGCCCCUGCUGCUGCCCCUGCUGCUAUCGCUGGCCGCGAGCAGAGCCCAGACGAGCCGGCCAUGCUUCCCUGGCUGCCAGUGUGAGGUGGAAACCUUCGGCCUCUUCGACAGCUUCAGCCUGACGCGUGUGGACUGCAGCGGCCUGGGCCCGCACAUCGUGCCUGUGCCCAUCCCUCUGGACACGACCCACCUGGACCUGUCCUCCAACCGCCUGGAGACGGUGAACGAGUCGGUGCUGGCUGGGCCGGGCUACACGACGCUGGCUGGCCUGGAUCUCAGCCACAACCUGCUCACCAGCCUCCCGCCCACUGCCUUCUCCCGCCUGCGCUACCUGGAGUCGCUGGACCUCAGCCACAACGGCCUGGCAGCCCUACCGGCCAACGCCUUCACCAGCUCACCGCUGAGCGAGGUGAACCUCAGCCACAACCGGCUGCGGGAGGUCUCCAUGUCAGCCUUCACCACCCACAGCCAAGGCCGCGCACUGCACCUGGACCUCUCCCACAACCUCCUGCACCGCCUGCUGCCCCACGCCACCCGGGCCGGCCUGCCCGUGCCUACCGUACAGAGCCUCAACCUGGCCUGGAACCGGCUCCGCGCGGUGCCCGACCUCCACGACCUGCCUUUGCGCUACCUGAACCUGGACGGUAACCCCUUGGCUGCCAUCGGCCCUGGCGCCUUCGCGGGGCUGACGGGCCUCACCCACCUGUCGCUGGCCAGCCUGCAGGGCAUCCCCCAGCUGGUGCCCCAUGGUUUCCAGGAGCUGUCGGGCCUCCAGGUGCUGGACCUGUCCGGCAACCCCAAUCUCAAGUGGACGGGCGCCGAGGCGUUCACAGGCCUGGGCUCGCUGCAGGAGCUGCACCUGUCGGGGUCGGGCCUGGCGCCGCUGCCGGAGCUGCUGCUGCGCCACCUGCCGGCGCUGCAGAGCGUCAGCGUGGGCAGGGACGUGCAGUGUCGGCGCCUGGUGCGGGAGGGCGCCUACCCCCGGCAGCCUGGCUCCAGCCCCAAGGUGACCCUACACUGCACAGACGCCCAGGAGGUCGCGGCCAGGGGCCCUGACAUCUUGUGACGAACGGCGUGGCCCAGGGCCACGGGACAGACUGCUACCCAGGGCCUGCUCAGGUCUUGAGUAACUUAGAUUCCAACGUGCCAGUGUGACGGGGGAGGCUGCGGCCUCACCGUGGAGCCGCGGGCCUGCGGGAGGGGCUCUGCUGCACCCGGCCCCUGUGUCCCUGUUGUCCCGAACCACGAGCAGAGGGACUUCGAUGCCAAACUGGACUCCAUCUCUUCCUGCUGCCCUUGCCGCCUUGUUCCCCAAGUGCCUUCCCUCGUGCCCCGCCCCACGUGACCAUGACAGGAGGAGGGUGGGCGGGACCAGCGCUGCAGGCCAGGUCUCAGAUCCCCCUGGGCCGGAGGUCUCUCCCAGCCUAGUCCCAUCUUAGCUCUGGGCCGUGAGGUCCAGCUCAUCCUAUUCCCUUCUCCCGAAGCCCUGGGUAGCACCUUACCUGUGGGGGCCACUGGAAAGGAUGGCAGGUCCCCUGUCAUCACAGCGCAGAGCGGAAACCCAAGGUCCCACGGGGGCAGACUCCUGGCUGGAACCUGCCUCCUGCUUCUCAGCCCCAGGCCCUCUGUGACUCCUGGCUUCUCCACGUCGUCCCCUCCCCGGGUUCCCCCUUGCUGUCAUUCGUGCCCUUUGCCUGUCGUCACCAGCGGCAGUGACAGCAGGGCCCUCAGAGGGGCGUCUCAGCCCGGGGACCCACUAUGUGGCAUGGGCAAAGCCAGUUCACCUUUCAGAGCCCCUGGGAGUGUGGGGCUCACCAGUCCCAGCCCUGUCAGCUCCUCACUCCAGACGGGAACUGCCCCACCCCCCAGAUGCUCCCCCGAGGAGCUGAGCUAGCAGAGGCCAGCUGGACCCAGUUCCCCUGGGGCCUCUCCCCCACCCCUGUGCACACCCACACCCAGGGCGGCAUCUCAGCUCCCCAGCCCUGGGCACUGUCCUUCCUCCUCGUUUUAUAAGCAUCGUUCCCUUUUUAAUGACCGUCCCUUCCAACCGCUACUCCCCUCCCCCGCUGGCAGGGGACGGGAAGGUGUGAUUUGUAAAAGAAGAAAGUUGGUAUUUGUUCACUUUUGUAACGGUGGGUCCUGGGCGUGUGCUGGGGUGUUGGGCAGAGGCCAGCCUUUAGCGGCUGCGGGAGCACCAGGGCUGGUCCCAGUCAAUGCCCAUGAGGCCGCAAGAGCUGUGUCUUCCUCCACCAGCCCAGCCCAGCGCGCGACCGGUCCUUGGUUUAAUAAACACUAUAUAAAGA